GGUAGUUGAACUCAGUGUCGCAUUCACCACUCUCCAAAGCAAGGUCAAAUAUCAGGGAAAGCAUGAGAUGCUUUCCAGUCUCUAAACUCGCCACCAAAUCUUUUCCGUUAAAGUUCCCACUAUCAUUGUUCCCAAACAACCCCGAUGCAUCAGCGUUUGUCGCCGCUGCUCUGUUUUCAAGUCUCGCUCCUCGAUCUCUCCGCUUCUCUAUUUGCAGUGACGCCUCGAGGUCAUCGAUAGGAAGCGUUUCUUUUUCUAGUCGUGAUUGGAACUUGUCCACCAUGGCUGGUGGAGCUGAAGAGUUUGUGAAAGGAAAUGUUUACCCAAACGGGGUCGUAGUCAUUACUCUAGACCGUCCCAAAGCUCUCAACGCUAUGAAUUUAGAUAUGGAUAUCAAGUACAAGCAAAUUCUUGAUGAAUGGGAAUCGGAUCCAAAUGUCAAAUGUGUUUUGAUCGAGGGCAGCACACCACGUGCCUUUUGUGCAGGAAUGGAUAUUAAUGGUGUUGUUGCUGAAAUCCAAAAGGAUAGAAACACACCCCUUGUGCCAAAGGUUUUUACUGCAGAGUAUUCUCUAGUAUGCAAAAUUUCUGAAUACAAGAAGCCUUAUAUAUCAUUCAUGGAUGGCAUAACAAUGGGCUUUGGAGUUGGCCUAUCUGGUCAUGGUCGCUACAGAGUGGUAACUGAGAGGACUGUUCUUGCCAUGCCAGAAAAUGCAAUAGGUUUGUUUCCCGAUGUUGGGUUUUCAUAUAUAGCAGCAAAAACUCCUGGAGGGGGUUCUGUUGGUGCUUAUCUCGGAAUGACUGGGAAAAAGAUAUCAACGCCUUCAGAUGCACUAUAUGUAGGUCUUGGAACACACUAUGUGACAUCUGGGAAUCUAGGUUCACUGAAGGAAGCCCUUCUAUCCAGUAACUUUUCGGAGGAUCCAGACAAGGUCCUUACAACAUUGUUGGCAAAGUACAACAGUAACCCCGAGUCUGAAGAUCACUUGAAAUUACUUUUGCCUCAGAUAAGUUCAUGCUUCAGUGCAGAUAAAUCGGUUAGUGAGACAAUCACAGAGGUUAAGAAACAUCAGCAAAGCACAGAAGCUUCAGUGGCAGAGUGGGCAAAUGAUGCUCUGCAGGAGCUUGGAAAGGGCGCUCCCUUUUCUCUUUGCUUAACCAAAAAUUAUUUCUCUAAAGUUGCAUCUGGAUAUGGUAAACAUGGCAAUGAAUUUACAACGCUAAAAUGUGUUAUGAAAACCGAAUAUCGCAUCGCCUUACGGUCUUCUCUAAGAAAUGAUUUUGCGGAAGGUGUUCGUGCAGUCUUGGUUGAUAAAGAUCAGAAUCCAAAGUGGAACCCUCCGAGUUUGGAUGAAGUUAACACAGAGGAAGUGGAAGCGGUUUUCGAACUAUUAGGUCCGGGAAUCGAGGAGUUGAAAGUGUAAGGUUCACAUGAAAUACUGGUAAUAUACUU